CCCAUCAACGCGUCAUGCCCCAACCCUCCACCACACAAAAAUGCCCGCAAACCACGCCUUCGACGCCGACGAUGCGCCCUCAACACAACUGCACCUCGAAAUCCGCGACGCCGUAGUCCGCGCCUUCGCCACCCACCGCCCAAUCCUCCACCACCUCAACGCAGACACAUCCUGGCUACUACAAAUCCCACGUCCCGCCAACGCCGUAAAACACGGCAGCCGCAUCUACUUCAACAUCCUGAUCGACCCGUGGUUUGUCGGGGCGCAGAGCGAUGUAGCGCGGUGGUUUAGCCAGCAGUGGCAUGCUACGAGGAGCGCGGUGCAGAGCGUGAGGGAUGUGGAUGAACUGGCAAGGCAGGUUGAGGUGCUCGCUGGGGGAUUGAGGUUUGGUGUUGGGGGCAGGAAGAGCGGCGGGCACGGGUGUGAAGAUGGGGUGGAGGAGGAGACGCUGAUUGAUGCUGUGGCUGUUAGCCAUGAGUUUACGGAUCACUGCCAUAGGGAGACGCUGGUGGAGGUUCAUCCUAAUGUGCCGGUUUUCGCGACGGAAGAAGCAGCGCGCCUAAUCUCCUCCUGGACGCACUUCCGCAGCGUAAUCCCCAUCCCCACCCUCCCCACCCACGCAGACUGGCACGACUUCUCGCUCCUCCCCCUCCCCUCCUGGCUCAGCAUAACGCGCCUGACCGCCCAAAAAGACCCAUUAUACCUGCACUCCGCCCUCCUAAUAACCUUCUCAACACACCCCCUCCUCCCCCCCACCCCAAAGAAACGCUCCUCACUACACAUCCACGGCGACGCCCCGCACCCCCCCGACCCCGACGAAUCCGCAGAAUGCAUCCUCUACACGCCGCACGGCCUGCCGCACACCGCCUUAUCCCCCAUCGCGACGGCUGACCCCCCGCUCCGCACCCUCGCGUUUUUGCACGGCCUGCACGAUGUGAGUAUUUCCGCGGCGCAGCAGCUUAAUCUCGGUGCGAUGAAUGGCGUGCUGGCGCAGAGGGUGCUGAGGGCGCGGUAUUGGGUGGCGACGCAUGAUGAGGUUAAGAAGGGGGGAGGGCUGGUGUCGUGGUUUUUGAGGCG